UAUAAUUCAAUCCGUAGUACGCGAAAACCAAAAUAUCUGAAGCUUGGAGAGAGAAACCCGUCGGGCUGCUAGGGUUUUUACGGUGCCUGCAUCGUCGGCUCCGAUCUGUUCGUUUAUCGAAAAAAGAUGUCUCGCGUGUAUGUUGGGAACUUGGAUCCAAGGGUUUCUGAGCGCGAGCUUGAAGAUGAAUUUCGUGUUUUUGGAGUUAUUCGAAGUGUAUGGGUUGCACGAAGGCCCCCAGGUUAUGCCUUCAUAGAUUUUGAUGACCCCAGAGAUGCAAGGGAUGCAAUCCAUGAAUUAGAUGGAAAGAAUGGCUGGAGAGUUGAGCUUUCUCACAAUUCUAGAGGUGGGGGCGGUGGCCGUGGCGGAGGGGGUCGUGGUCGUUCUGGUGGUUCUGAUUUGAAAUGCUACGAGUGUGGUGAGCCUGGGCAUUUUGCUCGUGAAUGUCGUUUACGUGGCGGCGGCGGCGGCGGCGGUGGUGGUGCAGGAAGAAGACGUAGCCGCAGUCCUCGAUACCGUCGGAGUCCAAGUUAUGGUCGCAGGAGUUAUAGUCCCCGUGGAAGAUCCCCAAGACGCCGCAGCUUGUCACCUCGUGGGCGUAGCUAUAGCAGAUCUCCUCCAUACCGUGGAAGAGAGGAGCUGCCUUAUGCCAAUGGAAAUGGUGUAAAGGACCGACGUCGGAGCAGGAGCUGAGGACAACGGGCUUCUCAACCUGGCUUAGUUAAACACAGGAUGUUUAGAGGAUUACUCCGAUUCUAUGUGUUUUUAGUGGUUGGACUUCAUAACGGACCUUUUUAAAAUCGGGCGACGCCCUCAGCCUCUACUUUUGAGUUUGGAUAAGUCCUUUCUAUCUUCAAUUUGAAUUGUUUUUUAUUUAUCCCUUCAAUAUAGUUGUAGGAUCUAUAUACUUAAGUAUCAUCAGUUCAUAUUUAUUUUGAUAAUGUUAUUAAGCAAAUGUCUUGAAGGGCACUGCUAAAGGUGUAUGUUUUUUUUCCUUGUUGAGGUGUCGUCUCGUUCUGCUUCACUGCUUUUCUGCUUCUAGUCGUCUGCUUCUGCUUCUGCUUCACUGCUUUUCUGCUUCUGCCCUAUCCUGGGAUUUCGUUCUACUCUGCCCAGCUCUGGGAUCUUCAAUUUGGAAGGUUGUAGGUCCCAGCCGGCUACAACUGUAGAUGCUACUAUUUGAUUGAAUCUCUGCGGUUGUGUUGCACGCUCUCAUAAUGUUUAUGGCCAUUCCUUUUUAAUUAACUUGAGGAUUGAGGAACGGCAUCAAAUGCUUCUGGCAGGUACAUGAAACUGUUCUACAGAAGUUUGGGUUCGGUUUCUUGCAGAAAAUAACAUUUUUAUGCAUUCUUAAAAAAAACAUAUUUUGCUGCAUAGCAUUCUUCUCUUGGCAUUUUUUUCUCAUACUAGGACGUUGUUUUUCCAUCCCAUUUAUUACCAUUUGAUUUGUUUCUCCAUCGUCAGUUCUGGUUACUAAUCAUCCAUCUGAAUCAGGGAGUUUGCAUAUGAUCGUGUGGUUUAGGAUUUUUGCAUCUACUUAAGUGGAGGUGAUUAGGCAUAGGAGAGUCAGUAUUUUAUGAAUGGUUAUUUCUUUUGAAAUAUUGUAUCAAUUUUUGUUUAUACGUUUUAAUUUUAUUUUACCUUGUUACGAAUAACUUGUAUGUUGGGUCGAUUGCCAUGCAUGCUGUGCACUACUUUGGUUGGGCGAUAUCUUGUUAAGUGAAUUGUGUCGAGAUGCGCCACUCCUUCAAACUGAGUGCUAGUGGGAGUUCUCUUCGGUCUCGAAAGUGCUUUUUUCUUGCGGUGGUGAAUGUGAAUUACAUAUCGACUACCCAUUCCCCGCGAUUCUUUAGAAGUCCUGCAUCCUUAGCAGAGAUUAUCUGGGUCGGUCCUUUCCAUCUGCUUGGGUAGUUCGUUGAGAACAUAAGUCCUCUGUGGGGUCGGCAUCUGAAGUCGAGCCCGCCUAAUCUCCUCCCAUUUUCUAGAGCAUGCGGCUGCCAAGUCUUUCUGCUAUAUAUAAUUGUUUUCACGGUCUAUGUAAUGAAGAUUGUAAUUUGCUUUUUAUAGAUUUGUUAGAAUAUUUGGAUAGCCAUAGCUGGAAUUGGUAAUUAUGAGGACGUUGGCUUUACUGAAUUUUCCUUCCGACGAGAUAGCCUUUGAGGCACUCCAUUUAUUGCAUUUUCAAA